UCUCCCAAAACCUCACAUAAAUCUCCGGCACCGUUGAUCGGAGAAGAGAAAGAUUACCUCCGGCGCCGUUCAAGGGAGGAAGGUUACCAUGUUCGAGAGUAGACUUGUUUCUCUUCUGAAGAGGAGCAAAGCGCUCAACGGCAUAUAUACUGCAAGAGGAAGAACAUUCAAUAAAUUUCUGAAUGAGCUCUCUGGACCGUCGCCUGCUUUUCCGGUUCCAAAUCCGUCUAGAUCAUUCUCUUCCAUGAUUGGACCUUCUGCGAGGAACUCCAUCGUCUAUGGCCUCAGAUCCUUCCCUCAUCGUAAGUGGAUCAAUGGACAAACUUUUAUGAUGAUAUCCACAAAUGCCGCUGCUGCAAGCAUAAAGAACAAGGAAGCUUCUAAGUUUCUAGUAACUGCUGGAUCUAAAGCUCAAAAGGCAGUUGGAAUGUGGCUUUUCGUUUCUGCAACAUGGGUUUUCAGUAUGGUUGUUCUUGGCGGUAUCACUAGGCUUACACGUUCUGGUCUUUCCAUGACUGAUUGGAAGUUCACUGGCGGACUUCCUCCUAUGACAAAUGAAGAAUGGGAGAUUGAAUUUGAGAAAUAUAAGCAGUCACCUGAGUACAAGCGAGUAAACAAGGGGAUGAAUAUUGAUGAUUUCAAGUUCAUAUAUUGGAUGGAAUAUGCUCAUAGGAUGUGGGGAAGGGCUUUGGGGAUUAUGUUUGCUGUACCAUUUUCAUAUUUUCUACGAAAGGGUUAUAUAACUGUUAGACUUGGUUUAAGACUUGGUGUUUUAUUUGGUCUUGGAGCUGGACAAGGACUAAUAGGUUGGUGGAUGGUUAAAAGCGGGUUGGAGGAGCCAGAGUCUGAGUAUUCUCAACCAAGAGUAAGCCCUUAUCGCUUAGCCAUACAUCUUACUUCUGCAUUUGCGAUAUACUCUGGCCUAUUCUGGACUGCUCUUUCUGUGGUUUUGCCUGAACCGCCUGCUGAAUCGAUAACAUGGGUUCGUGGGGCGGCAAAGGUCAGGAAAUUGGCAAUUCCUGUUAGCAUUCUUGUGGGAAUUACUGCAAUCUCAGGUGCAUUUGUUGCAGGAAAUGAUGCUGGUCAUGCAUUUAACACGUUCCCAAAAAUGGGUGAUAACUGGAUUCCAGAUGAUAUAUUUAACAUGACUCCAGUUAUUCGCAAUUUCUUUGAAAAUACAUCAACUGUCCAGCUUGAUCAUCGCAUUCUUGCAACUGCGACAUUGGUUUCGAUUGCGACCCUUUGGUGGUCGACCAGAAAAGUGGACAUUCAUCCUGCUAUACGUAGUUUGAUAGGAAGCACUAUGGGCAUGGCCGCUCUUCAGGUUACUUUGGGAAUAUCAACAUUGCUUACAUAUGUGCCAGUUUCAUUAGGAACUGCUCAUCAGGCUGGAGCCCUAACGCUAUUGACACUCAUGAUCAUGUUAACUCAUACUCUAAGAAGGCCAUCUCCAGCACUUCUUAAAUCUCUGCCCUCUGUUGCCAAGGCAUUAUAAGCCGAAAACCAUCUUUUUAUUUUUCUCUAUUUGCUUUAUUUAUUAUAAAACCCUAUUUUUUUUCCCAAUAAGCAAACCAUGUUAAUGUUCAUUUAUGAACAACUGUAUGUAUGUAUGUAACCACCACUCUUAUUAGAAGUUCAUCAUAAUGUAUUUGAAAACUUC